UAAUACACAUGGCAUCACUGCGAAUUCUAACUACUUUUAGAUUGAAUUAAUUUUCUGGUGUCUUGCAAAGGUUUGUAAAGUUAAAAUAGUUUGUUAUCCCUGCAAUAUACGUUUUACUGGAAAGAAAUAGGUGGUUUUUGGUAUUGUUAUAAAUAUUGGAGUAAGCUGCUAUUUACCUGUGUGUACAGUGUUCUUGGUACUGGAGCCUUUCGUUCAAAGGAAAAAAUACUCAAAACAACAGUUUCAAAAUGAAUGCUCAAGUGGCUCUACAUUUGAUUAGGGUGUUGGAAAAAACGGUUUCGCCAGACAAAAAUGAGCUUUUAUCAGCAAAAAAUUUUUUGGAACAAGCUGCUGAAGAAAAUCUUCCUGAAUUCUUAAAAGCACUUUCGGAUAUAUUGGUAUCUGUUAACAACAGUCCAGUAGCACGUAUGGCUGCAGGGUUGCAACUUAAAAAUCAUUUAACCAGUAAAGAUGAGACUGUUAAUCAACAAUAUCAGCAACGAUGGCACCAAUUUUCGGAGGAUACGCGCGAGUACAUAAAGAAAAAUAUCCUUGCUGCUUUAGGAACUGAAAAUACUCGACCUUCCUGCGCUGCACAGUGUGUUGCUUAUGUAGCCGUCACAGAAUUACCGCUAAAAGGAUGGCCAGUUCUUAUUCAAACGUUAGUCAACAAAGUUGUGACCGACAAUUCCAGCGAAAUGGACCGUGAAGCCGCCCUUGAAGCUAUUGGAUACAUCUGCCAAGACAUACGUUAUGGCGUGCUAGAACAUCAGUCGAAUCAAAUUUUAACAGCUAUUAUUCAUGGAAUGAGAAAACUGGAGCCGAGCAAUCACGUUAGGCUAGCAGCCACAACGGCUCUACACAAUUCCUUAGAAUUUACCAAAGCUAAUUUUGAAAAAGAUCUUGAACGAAAUUUUAUAAUGGAGGUAGUUUGCGAAGCAACUCAAUCUCAAGACACACAGGUUUGUGUUGCCGCUCUACAGUGCCUGGUUAAAAUUCUGACACUUUACUAUCAAUACAUGGAACCUUAUAUGGCCCAAGCUUUGUUUCCUAUUACUUUGGAAGCUAUGAAGUCUGAAAAUGAUCAAAUAGCUCUACAGGGAAUCGAAUUUUGGUCAAAUGUCUGCGAUGAAGAAAUCGAUUUAGCAAUUGAAACUCAAGAAGCGAAUGACGCUGGACGUGCUCCCAUUCGAGUAUCAAAACAUUACGCUAGAGGCGCUUUGCAAUACCUAACACCUGUAUUAGUCGAAAAACUAACAAAACAGGAUGAAUGUGAUGAUGAAGACAACUGGAGCCCAGCAAAAGCCGCAUCUGUUUGUCUGAUGCUAUUAGCAACUUGUUGCGAAGAUGAGAUUGUUCCAUAUGUUUUCCCCUUUAUCAAAGAUAACAUAGAAUCACCUAACUGGCGUUUUCGCGAUGCUGCUGUUAUGACCUUCGGAUCCAUUUUAAGUGGCUUGGAAACUAAUACACUAAAACCUUUAAUAGAACAAGCAAUGCCUACACUUAUACAUCUAAUGUAUGAUGAGAGCGUAAUAGUUCGAGAUACUACGGCAUGGACAUUUGGACGGAUAUGUGAUAUUGUUCCAGAGGCAGCGAUUAACAAAACCUACUUGAAUACCCUUCUCGAAUGCUUUAUCAAAGGACUAAAAGCCGAGCCCCGCGUUGCUGCUAACGUUUGUUGGGCAUUUAUAGGUUUAUCAGAUGCCGCUUAUGAGGCAGCCGAAGUUAAUGAGGGUGAAACUCCAGAAACAUAUUGUCUAUCACCGUAUUUCGAAUAUAUUAUUACACAGUUGUUAGAGACGACAGAUAGGCAAGAUGGCACGCAGGCGAAUCUACGAGCGGCUGCUUAUGAAGCGCUAAUGGACAUGAUAAAAAAUUCACCACUGGAUUGUUACUUAGUAGUUCAAAGAACAACUAUUGUUAUUCUGGAGCGGCUUAAUCAAGUAUUACAAAUGGAAUCCCAUAUUGCUAGUCACAAUGACCGCCAUCAGUUUAAUGACUUACAAUCUUUACUUUGCGCUACCUUGCAAAGUGUGCUUCGAAAAGUUCGCGAAGAAGACGCUCCCCAAAUAUCUGAUGCUAUUAUGACUGCACUCCUGACAAUGUUCAACUCAUGCUCUGGUAAAACGGGUGGAGUUCAGGAAGAUGCAUUUUUAGCCGUUUCAACACUUGUUGAAUUACUUGGGUAUAAAUUUGUUAAGUAUAUGGAUGCAUUUAAACCAUUUUUGUUUAUGGGACUAAAAGCUCAUCAAGAAUAUCAAGUAUGCUGUGCUGCUGUUGGCCUAACUGGAGAUAUAUGCCGAGCUCUAAAGCAACUUAUUAUUCCAUAUUGUGACGAAAUUAUGGCUUUACUUCUUGCUAACUUAUCCGAACCAACACUCCACCGCAGUGUCAAGCCACAAAUCUUAUCAGCUUUCGGGGAUAUGGCAUUAAGUAUUGGCAGUGAAUUUGUAAAAUAUUUGAACGUUGUACUAGAAAUGCUUCUUGCUGCUUCACAACUUCAGGUGGAUCCAAACAGCUACGACAUGGUAGAAUAUUUAAAUGAAUUGCGGGAAAGCGUAUUGGAAGCAUAUACAGGAAUAAUCCAAGGUUUAAAGGGCGUUGAGCAGCAGCCACAUCCUGAUGUUUUUCAUCUGGAGCCUCAUUUAGCUAAUAUAAUUGCAUUUAUCAAACGCAUUGCUCUCGAAGGUGAAACCUCUGACUCAAUGAUAGCUAGCGCUGCUGGAUUCAUUGGUGAUUUGUGCACCGCAUUUGGACAACGGUUGUACCCAAUGUUAGAAGAUGUCACGAUUACUCAAUUUUUAGCCGACGGUAAGCGUUCAAAGGCAACGCGAACCAAAUCAUUGUGCAACUGGGCUACGAAAGAAAUUAAAAAAUUACGUGAUGGGCAAGGGAUUUCUCAGUAAAACGGAACAAGACACAUAAAGUAAGCUUUUUAAUUAUAUUGUAGUAUGAUAUAUUCCAUGAUAUGUUAUAAGUUCGUAUUUCGCUCUCGUCUCAAUAAGACUUUUGUGAACAAAACUUUCAAAAGGUGGAAUGAUCAUGUACGCAGAUGGAGUUUGAUAAUUAACUUAAUUAUAUUACACAUAAAUUAUCUCUAUUAUUAUUCGAGUUAAAAUGCUUAUUUGACAAUAUCAAUCAUGUUAUUUAAGCGGUUAUCUCAAUGCUGUAUAUUAUUUUUGAAAUGCUAUAUGUAUUUUAAUAUACAAAGUAAAUAGUUAUUGGCAGACUUGCAAAUGCAAUUCUAAUGUUCCAUAUCCAAACAAAUCGAUUUGCGAAAUUUCUUACCUAAAAAGUGAAGUAUAUUAGGAAAAAGUGUUACGCAGGAAUCCAUAAGACCAUUCGAUUUAUCGGUAAUUAUUUAGCUGAAAAUUUGGGUGGAUUUAGGCAACAUAUAUAAGUAUUAAAAUUGUGUUGUUUUCUAAAUCUUACAUACAUUAAAAAAUAAAAUCCACAACUCAACUUCAUAGUUUGUUAUUUAAAAAACUUCUUUUUUAUUGUAAGUAUAAUGACUAGGCAGACACUUAAAUAUUAAAUCAGGUUUUUUGUGCAAGACGUUUAAUUAUUUUAACUGAAGGAAACGUUAAGACUAAUUUUGUGCUGUUAGAAAUAUUUCCAAAAUUAAAAGAUAUAUAUGUAAAUCAAUAUAUUCAAAAAAUAAAGUUAUAUAAAAGUUUGGGAUAUGUCAAACAAAUUUAAACAAAAUAAUUUUACAUAUCACUAAAAUGUCUGUUCUAAACGAGUAAUCAAAUUGAAUGAUUUGCAGUUCUUUGGAAUCGCCAAAACUUCUCAUCUGAAAUCUAUCUAAAAAUUAACAAUUUUUUAUCCAAAAUGCAUAAUUUGACUCAAUUAGAAAGUAGCAAUAUUGAAAAUACGUUAAAUAUGUCAAACAUUUUUGCACUCGCUUCGAAUUUUAGGUUAUUAUUUUCAAUAAUUGUUUUAGACAUGGUUAUAAAACAACCCAAUAUUCGACAUAUAUAAUGUGUCCCGUAUACUUUAGGAAUUUCAUGAAACAAACUUUACAUCUUUACUCUAAAAUCAUUUGCAAUUGAUAUGAAAUGGUGCUUGUUUGUUUUUGGAUCCAUAGAUUUUUCGGUAUAAUAGAUUAAACUCAAAAUUAAUAAUGGUAAGCAUGCGGCCGCCGUAGCCGAAUGGGUUGGUGCGUGAUUACCAUUCGGAAUUCACAGAGAGACGUCGGUUCGAAUCUCGGUGAAAGCAAAAUUAAUAAAAAAACAUUUUUCUAAUAGCGGUCGCCCCUCGGCAGGCAAUGGCAAACCUCCGAGUGUAUUUCUGCCAUGAAAAAGCUCCUCAUAAAAAUAUCUGCCGUUCGGAAUCGGCUUGAAACUGUAGGUCCCUCCAUUUGUGGAACAACAUCUACACGCACACCACAAAUAGGAGGAGGAGCUCGGCCAAACACCUAACAGAAGUGUACGCGCCAAUUAUUUAUUUUUUUUAAGCAUGAGUUUAAAAAAGUUUAAGACAACGGCAUUAGAUAAAGGGAUUCCAUUUGAAGAGGCAAGUGCCAUUAUUUUAUUUUAUUUGAAUCUAUAGCUCAGUUGAUUCCGAGCUGUCGUAACUUGAGUGGUAGAAUUAGAAACUAUUAAUUUAAAAACGUGAAAAAACUAAUUUAUAAAGGAACUAGCUGAAUCUUAAUAUAUUACCUACAUAUAUUUUAUAUAUUUCUCAUGACUAAGUGGUGGAUUUGGAUUUUAUUAGUGUGAAUUUCAAACAUAUUUUGGUUUUUCACAUCUCUCACUUAAUGAAUGGUUUGAAAGCAAAAUUUACUUCGACGUUCGGGUAAAUGUCUUAUUGCUGCUAGGAAAUUUUCUUGCUUUCAAUAUAACCACAUAAAACGGUAUUAAAUAAAUUAUUCGGUGCGCAAACAAACACUGAUGUAUGGAAAUGGCAUUAGUUUGCACUUUUUCAUUUGCAAAAUACUUUUUACUUUGACAAAAAAAUCGUACUGCAUUUUAAGUAUUUAAUAUCCGUUUGUCGUACGAUUAGUCAUAAGCUUUGAUUGAACCAUUUUUAUAUAUGUAUGUAUGUAUCGACUUUAAAUAAAUCCGAUCAACAACAUACUGUACAUAGCGUCAAGCUAAUUGUUGAUCGCGUUCGUAUUGAAAUACUAUAAAAAAUGAAGAAAUUAAUGGGAACAAUUGUUAAUUGACUAUUACCCUUAGAAGAACAGAAGAAAAUAUCAGUGCUUUUACAAUAUAUUAUUUGUUCUUCUAUUAUUAUCUGCUGUCACUGAAAUAUAAUAUGGGUAUGGUAAUUUAUUUGUUAAAAUUAAGUAAGACGUGUUUGACAAAUCUUGAUAAAACAGCUCAAAAUGUGUUAAAUGUUAGCUUUUAUAAGUUUUGAAAUUUUGUUCUGAAGGGUCUUAUAUGCAUUUUUCAUGUCAAAAUAUUCAUUUUAAAUAAUUCAUGGUUUAUAAAAACUAAUUAUAAGGUUUAUUUCACUCAAGUUUUAAAUUUUAUUACUGAAAUAUUUGUAACAAUGAAUUCUUGUGCAGACUAAGGCAUUGAUUUUUUUAAGAAAUAAAACUUGUUACAUAAUCCUUAUGGCAUUCAGUA